AUGGAUCUACGAAUAGGAUUGUUCUUAUGUGUGGGAUUGCCACUGGUUUUGACGACCUGUAAUUUAGGUUGGACAGAGUAUAAAGAAGAUUGUGUUUGGUUUAGUCCAGGAAAAAAAUCUUGGCAAGAUGCAGAGGACGACUGUAGAUCUAAAGCCAGCUGGCUCCUUACUGACGACAGCGAGGACAAACACAACUUCCUGGCAAUGAUUCUCAACGUGUUAAGAGGACGAGGUAUAACAGAGUGGUUUAUAGGAGCUACUGACUACACGUUUGAGGGGAGUUAUAGGUGGUUAGAGACGGGUUCUCCUAUCGGACCCUUCACGAAAUGGGCACCUGGUCAACCAAAUGGGACUAACAUCGAAAAUUGCCUGUCACUGAAAUGGAUCGGGCGUGAUUUGUUUUGGGAAGAUGAAAAGUGUUCCACGAGGGGAAAACGGGCCAAGAACCACACCCAUGUUCAUCAUACUCGACCCCCACCCAUGGGCAUGUACAACUAUAUAUGUGAGACCAAGAAUGUGGAUUACACCAGUGGACCUGUGGUAGGAUAGAUUGACACCACGUGAUCUUCCAAUAGAGAGCGAG